AUGGCAAGCCCAUGGGUGCCUGCUCGGAUGCGGAAGGUUGCAUGCUGGCGUCACGCCCGACUUGCUGCCGCACACCGGGCAUUGGCCACUCAGCUGAAGCCUGCCAAGGCCGCCAAGGCCAAGGUUGCUCCCAGGUGGCCCUUCCUUCGCAGCAAGAGCCUCACUUUGGAGUUGCAGAAGUUCGCUGGUGACGUUCAGCGGGAACUUUGGGUCACCGGCGCAAGAGGUAGUGGCGCUGGCACGGCCAUCCAGGCCGCUUUGCCGAAUGCGCUGAUCUUGGACAUGGAGCAGGGCGAGAAUGCGAUGCAGGCCAUGCUUCGGGAACGUUUGCCUGAGUUCAUGGAGAACAAGGAGGACCUGGUGGAAUCAUGCAUUGCAGGUGCCUUCGAGCAGUUUCCCAAGGCUGGGACAUCACUGCUGGCCACCGUCGAAGCGCUGGUGGGGCGGAUGGGUCUGCCACACGCCUUGCCCAGCGGAACAGAGGUACCCCAAAGCCGUGAGAUCCUUGAGAAGCACCGCACAGAUCCCGUGAGUUUGGCCGUCCACGUGUGUACGCUGCUGGCCGGCAGCCCCCGGCUUCAGCUACCUCCACGGCGGCUCACUGUGGCGUUGGCCUUGCUUUCAGAAGUGGGCCGAAGAGAAGGAGGCGCCUCGUCUGCCCUGGACUUCCUCCUGGCUGCGGCGGGGGACCGCUUGAGCGGGCCGCUGGUGCUGCUCCGUGCCCAUGCAACGCCCGGUCUCCUGGAACGCGCAAGGGGAAAGUCAGGCCCUCGAUCGCCUCGCCUACUGGUGCAGAGCUAUGAUGGCAUUGGUGCCUUGAGGGCAAGUGAGGCCGGUGUGCCGGUGCUCACGGCGGACGAGUGGUCCCAGGACAUGGCCAAAGCGAUUUUCCAACGCUUCCUGCCGGAAGAGGAGGCAGACGACUGGAGGGCGGUGUGGACCUGCGUGGGGGGCCACGCAGCGCAUCUGCGACGGGUGGCCGAGCUCAUUGUCGAAGAACGCCGACUCAUCGAGGCCGAACGCUUGCGCGAGGAGCAGGAGGAGGAGCGGGACGAGCUACGACGUCAGAAGCUGCGACCGGGGAGGAACCCAGAUGCAGAAGAAUUCCUCGAGAUCGCCAAGAAGACGAUCCGGGAUGAUAGCUUUCGUGCGGAUGCACGGACGCCUCAGACGGCAGCGGAGCAGCUCCUACGGCGCUUGCCCGAGGUCUUUGUGGGGGAGCUGCAGCUCCUGGAGGCUCAACUUCAACGCUUUAACUCACAUCCAAAGCUUCAAGAAGCUCUCGGCGUCGGCGCUGGUUCUGCUUCUGCGGCGGCGACUUUGCGGAUGCAGCUGAGCCAGAUCUUGGAGGGGGUGCUCUUGCCAGGCGCAUUGGAAGAGUUGGAUCCCUUGUCGAUGGCGAUGUUGGAGAGUGGUUUGCUGAUCCCGAAAUGGCAACCCAAGCGCUUAGUGGUGCCCAACGAGCUGACGCGGCGCAUGGUCCAAGAGUCCGUGGACGCUGAGGAGCUGCCGUCCAGUGCCCUGGCCACGCAACGUGUGGUACAGCGAGUCCUGGGCCGUCGGACACCACGGUUUUGGGGGGCGCGCUUGCGACAGCGGAUGCUUCAGAUACUGGGCCCGGAUGCUUCAGAUACCGUGGGGGAGAAUCGGUGGAUGCGACGCCGGUUGACGCCCCGUGGUCUCCUUCUGCCCCUCUUACUCGGCGGCCAGAAGAAGUUGGAUGAUGCGGAUGUACAAGAAGCGAUCGGACGGUUGAGGGCCGAUCUCGAUGGCGCCAUGGGCGUGAUGUGGCUUGGCAACCGGAGGAAGGAAGGGCAACCGGAGGGGGCAUCGGGCACCUUCAGCGCACAUGCUACACGCCUGCGGAAGGAGCAAGAGUGGCAAAGGUGUAAGACGCGGCUGGCCAUCUUCUCUGUGAUUGGCUUUCUGGCUACUUGGCGUGCAUCGGAGGGCGCGCCAAACAGAACUGAAGGUGCCGGGGUGCUGGUCUUGGCUGUGCCCAUUUGUUGGUGUUCGAUCAGGUCCAGGCCCCAACGCUCCAAGUCUUCGGGUGUUUUUGGAGAGCAGCGAGCAGUCACAGUCUUUGUUUGGGGUGUGACACAGAUAGGAUCCCACCCGUCCGGUCGAGCAGUCGGCAUCAUGGCACCUAAGAAAAGCGAGAAGAAGGCUGAAAAGGCAGAGAAGGCCGCAAAGGCUGUGAAGGGAGGUGUGAGCAAGAAGGUGAAGAAGAUCCGCACCAAGGUCCGCUUCUACCGGCCGAAGACCUUGAUCAAGGCGCGCAACCCCAAGUAUCCACGCAAGUCCGUCGAGAGCCGGGGGGACAAGCUGGACAAGUACCGCAUCAUCCAGUGCCCUGUGACCACAGAGUCUGCCAUGAAGAAGAUUGAGGAGAUCAACACAUUGGUCUUCCUGGUUGAUGUGAAGGCCUCGAAGCCCAAGAUCAAGGAGGCGGUGAAGGAGCUCUACGACGUGAAGUGCGCCAAAGUGAACACCUUGAUCCGUCCUGAUGGGAAGAAGAAGGCCUACGUUCGCCUCACCCAGGACUAUGAUGCCCUGGACGUGGCAAACCGCAUCGGCAUCAUUUAG